AUGAGUCUCUCUCAGGCGACUAAGGACUGCGUCACGGCAGUCCGCAAAGCCGUCAAGAAGCACAUCUCUGGGGAUGUUGUGAGCGAGCAGAAGAUUGGCGCAGUCCUCCAGCUGCAGCUGCGGGUUACCGCCGCAUCCGAGGCGGAGGUCGCUCAAAUACUACUCUCCGCGAUGGUCAAGGCCGCCUGCGGGGCACAGAGGGGCUCUGCAAAGCUGCCCAAUGGAGAGGUCAUCGUGGACGGCACUGCCCCACUGACCCUGCACUCCUUUGCGGAGGCGGUACGCGUGAGUACAUUUCGUUUCCAGGAUCUGCCAGCCAACAACCCCGCCCUACGUCUGGUGGCCGAAGCCACGUACACACGGCACCUCCAACAUUCAUCCGAGCUUGCGGUGCAGUUCAUUCACAACUUUCCGCCAUGCCUUCUGGGCGAGGCGCUCUCGCGCUUCGACGUGAGCGUCGGCGGCUAUGUUGUGCUGUCACUCUCGGUGGACAACGACCGCAUCAUCCAGCUGCGCCUUUUCACCACCGCGAUCGACGCUGUGAUGGCGUGCAUGUGCAGCACCUCCUUCACAGGAGAGGUGCUGCCGCGAAAGUGGGCAAGCCGCGACACGCUGCAGCCGCCUCAGCUCCUUGAGAUGCUGGAGGAGGUGCAGAUGGCCAUUUCCGAGUACUGGAACGACAGCGCGCAGGACGACCACGCCCGCUCGGUCGCGGUGUUUCUGAUGAGGUCCGUCGGUACUGACAUUUGCGAGUACUUCAGCACCAAGGCAGCGGCCGCCGGCGGGCUGUUUCGCGGCGAAAAGAAGGUGCUCGAGGAGGCACACGUUUGCUGCGAUGACUGGCUGAACGCGUGCGCGAGACUGACCACGAUCGACUGGGGAGCGGUGUGGAGAGACCGAUACGAAGAUGCGGUCCUCGUGCGCAUUCGGGAUCGCCUGCGCACAGCCCUCGCGUUGCGUGGCAUUGUCGAAGAGAUUCGCGAGCUGCUUGGCGCCAACGACUUCCGUGCCCUGAAGACGGACGCACUCUGGGACGUUUUCGACGAUGUAGAUGUCAUGGAUCCCUCGAGCGGGGCUCAGAGUGAGUGGAGCGGUGCCCUGGCCGCCUACUACCGACGUCUCGAACCGAUCGAGCAACGAUGCGCCGGUGUUCUGCGUGACUUGUUUGCCACCCGUGCCGGGCUUGCACCGCAGGCUAUCUUGGACGAGUUCUCUGGCUACUGCCACCUCAUGAAGCGCCCUAUCAUCUCGAGGGAGCUGGUGACGGAGCGAGAUGCGCUGCUAGCCAAGCUGAACGAUCGACUGGACGCGAUUCGACUAGAGUACACGCGUCGUGCCGAGAGCACCGAGGACGAGCUCGUACUCGAGGAGGAGGACCGCCGCUGCCAGACGGGACGCUUUUUCCCUGGUGUGGUGAAUAACAUAAUCUGGCUCCGUCAGCUGCGUGGGCGUGUGGAGGAGAGCAUCGCAAUGUGCGGCUCCAUUCUCGUCGAUCUGCCCACGGCGAGCGCGUUCGUGGCGUCGGCGAAUCAGCUGCUUGGCGAGCUGCACGACUAUGAGCAGGAAUGCUACCGAAACUGGGUGGCGGAUGUGGAAGACAAGAGCGACGCGCUGACACUCGACGCAGACGCCCCGUUGAUGGAAAUUGACGCGACGGGGCGGGUGGAUGUCAACUACUCGGAGCGGCUGGUGCAGCUCCUGAAGGAGGUGCGAGUGCUCGGCGCCCUUGGCCUCCACAUUCCUCGCACCAUCGCUCGUCUGGCGCAGCAAGGGGCGCAGUUCCUGCCGAUGGGCGUCGCCCUGAAGCAAGUCGCUAACACGUACAACUCCAUGGCGGCGGACAUCAUCCCCUGCACGCGCGCCAUGCUACUAGAGCCCGCCGUCAGCUUCGAGAAGGUUAUCACGGCCAGCGGCGAAAAGAAGCUCACGUGGCGCAGCAAGAAAGAGGCUGCGCGGUUCAUUGAGCGGCUGCAGAGCGCUGCCCAGUCCCUGACGGAGUUCAACCGCCGUCUGCACAAGACGCACCACGAGAUUGAAGGGGUGGUGGUGGAGCUCCUCGACAUCAGCCUGCUCCGCUCCCGUGAUCGGUGGCUCAGCAAGGCGCGGCAGAUUCGAGAGAAGAUCGAGAACUCGGGCUUUCAAAACACGGAGUCGUGGCGGCAAUUUUGGGACAUGCAGCUCUACAAGGCGAUGGAGGCGCAGUAUCAGGUGGGUCUCGAGUCCCUCCACGAGGCUGUCGAAGAGAUCAAGGCCGACAUCGUCUACAACGCCGAAAGCGGACAGGCGGCUCUGCGCCCUCCCCUGGAGGUGCUCCGGCUGCAGUACUACCAGCGCAUCAGCGACUUUAUCACGUUUCCGCGCCGCUUCCAAGGAUGCGGCAAGGAGAGCGUCUUUCGCGAGAUGCCAUCGCGCAACGCGCACGGCGUCUACGUGGUGCUGCAGUCUGCAGGUCAGCUGUUCAAGCGCGUGAUGCACGAGCUCAAGCGCUUCUCGCCGUACCUCGUCAUUGGCCGCUGCGGCCUCGAGGGCAACCCGAGUCUCGAGGAGAUCGUCGGGAAGUCGCUCACGGAGGUGCAGCACUGGGAGCAGAGUGUGCGGUUGCUCAAGCAGAAGAGCAAGGACAUCAACGGCGAGGACCUGUUCAUCCGCUGCGGCUGCAUCACGCUGUGCACGGCGGCCAUCAAAGGCGCCGUCGAGGAUCACCUUGUCCGUCUCACGGACGCCCUCAAGGUGACACUUAAGCAGAGCGCCGAGCAGCACCUGAACUCCAUCAAUGACUACCUUGCAAAAGCGGCGAAGUGUCUAGACAGCAAGAUGACGAAGCUGGGCGAGAUCGGCCAGGCCAACCUGCUCUACGGCGAGCUCAUGGAGCAGCGCCCUGCCAUGGAGGUGGAGUUCUACCACUUCUACAACAAAAACGUACUGCUGCAGAACAUGACCGGUACAGCGGGGCUCGACUUCACCAAGACGAAGGAUCGCUGGACGACUUUCAUGAAGCGUCUCGACUCGCACGAAAAGGAGGUCGAGGAGCAGCUGAACCGCAUACAGGAGAGCGUGUCAAGCUCGGUCAAGGAGUGGGAGAGGGACUCGGUUCGCUUCACAACGCGCUGGCACGAGCUCAAGCCGAAGGACCUGACGGCGCACAAGCCGCUGGCGUUCGUGAUGAAGAAGAAGAAAGAGCUGCAAGCACUCAAGGAGCGCGGGGAGGAGUGCAAGAAGCAGUGUGAGUACUUUCACCUUGACGAGCCGGACCUGCAGCCGAUCCAGGACACGGAGGCCGACAUAGAGGACUACCUGAAAAUGUGGAGCAUGCUGGGCGACUUUCAGCAGCAGGUGCAGGAGCUGUGCAAGGAGGCAUGGAUCAGCUUCCGCGCCAAGGUGUACCGUUUCGAGGACUUUGUGAAACUGUGGCAGGGACAGCUGAAAGAGAUUCCGGCAAAUUCGGUCACGGUGCACAUCCGCACGAUACUGGACAACUGGUCGCUCUGCGUGCCCCUGCUCAAGUACGUCCGCGGAGAGGGCUUUACCUCUGCCCACUGGACAGAGUUAUUCCAGCUGCUCAAACUUCGUAGCGUCACGCAGGACACAGUGCAGUUUGGCCAGAUCCUUGACCGCUACGAAGUCAUCCUUAAGAACGAGGGCCCUAUCAAGAAACUGCACAGCCGCGCACAGGGCGAGGCACGAAUCCGCGAGGCGCUCGACGACGUGCGGGCCUGGGGCACGGAUGCCCGCUUUGCCCUCACGCCGCACCCGGACCGCGCCGGGGUUGUGCUGAUCACGGACUGGAAGGAUACGAUGUCGACGCUCAGCGACAACCGCGCGCUGCUGCUGAGCAUGAAAGAGUCACCGUACUUUGGCCUCUUCUCGAACGAUGCCACCAAGUGGGAGGAGCGCCUCUCGACCCUCGAUGAGUACCUCCGUCACAUGAAUCAAAUCCAGCGCAAGUGGGUGUACCUGGAGCCCAUUUUCCGCCGUGGUGCCCUGCCGCACGAGAAGCAACGCUUCCACCGCAUCGACUCGGCCUACCUGACCGUGAUGAAGGCGGUGGAGAACGACAACCGGCUGAUGGCUCUUGCCGAGCACACGGAAUUUAAGGCCACGCUGCACGACGUCUCGGAGCAGCUGGAGCGGUGUCAGAAAGCUCUCAACGAGUACCUGGAGUCGAAGCGUGACGGCUUUCCACGCUUCUACUUCAUCAGCGACGACGAUCUUCUCGAGAUCCUGGCGCAGAGCAAGAAUCCCAGCGUCAUUCAGUCGCACCUGAAGAAGCUUUUCAUGGGCAUUCACAGCGUCCAGUUCGACGCGCAGAGGGAGAACAUCCUGCACAUCCAGUCUCUGGAAGGGGAGGUGGUGACGCUGCUGAAGCCGGUGCGGGUCACGGAGGAGGUGGAGGCGUGGCUCUCCCAGCUGGAUGCAGGAGUGAAGGCAACGCUCAAGGCGCACGUGGCGCAAUGUGUGGCCAAGGCCGACAUCGGCACCUACGCCUCACAGGUGCUGUGCACGGCGGAGAUGAUCACCUUCACGCGCAAGGUCGAGACUGCGAUACGCGACCCUAUCGGCAGUGCCGGUGCGCUGCAGAAGCUGAAGAGUCAGCUGCAGACCCGGCUACGCGAGCUCACUGCGUACGCUGGCGGCAACAGCGAUGUGCUGGUCGGCAUCAAGCUGAAGGUGCUCAUCAUGGACCUCAUUCACAACAUCGAGGUGGUGCAGCUGCUCAUCGCGAACGACAUUGAUAAAGAGUCGCACUGGCUGUGGAAGAAGCAGCUCCGCUUCUACCUAGACAGCACUCAGCAGUGCGUGCUGCGCAUGGUGGACGCAGAAUUCCGGUACAGCUACGAAUAUCAGGGCAACGCCCCAAAGCUGGUGCACACGCCGCUGACGGACUGCUGCUACCUCACCCUUACACAGGGCAUGCGGCUGGGCUAUGGCGGCAACCCGUACGGCCCCGCGGGUACUGGCAAGACGGAGUCGGUAAAGGCGCUGGGUAACGCAAUGGGGCGCCAGGUGCUCGUCUUCAACUGUGAUGAAGGCAUCGACUUCAAGUCUAUGGGCCGCAUUUUCACGGGCCUCGUCAAGUGCGGCGCCUGGGGCUGCUUCGACGAGUUCAACCGCCUUAAGGUCGACCAACUUUCAGCGGUCUCGCAGAUGAUCCAGGUCAUCCAGGAAGCCCUCAAGAACGGUGACAAGGAGUGCCAGCUGCUUGGCAAGAGCAUCGACGUCGACCCCAACGCUGGCAUCUUCGUGACGCUGAAUCCGGCCGGCAAGGGCUACGGCGGCCGCAGCAAGCUGCCAGACAACCUGAAGCAGCUCUUCCGCUCUAUCUCGAUGAGUGCCCCGGAUAACGAGCUCAUUACAGAAACGAUCCUCUACAGUGAGGGGUUCGAGAACGCGACGCAGCUGGCGACCAAGAUCGUCGAAACCUUCACGUUGUGCAGCCAGCUCCUGUCCCACCAGCAGCACUACGACUGGGGACUGCGCGCCAUGAAAGCGGUUCUGCGCCUUGGCGGCACGCUCGUCCACGACUUCUUGAUGGAGCGGGUGGCAGGCAAGGUGCAGCUGUCUGCGGAGCAGAUUCUGCAGAAGGAGAGUGAGAUUCUGAUCAAGUCGCUUCGAGUCAACACGCUGUCCAAGCUCACCUUCGACGACGCCGUAAUCUUCAACACCCUCCUCAGCGACAUCUUUCCUGGCGUUCCGGUGCUGGAAAUCGACUAUCAGAAGUUGCGACCAGCCAUCGAGGAGUCCAUCAAGGAGCUCAGGCUGCAGGUGGUGGAGACACAAAUCCAGAAGAUUCUCCAACUGUACGAGGCACUGCAGCAGCGCAUGGGUGUCGUGCUCGUCGGGCCAAGCGGGAGCGGCAAGAGUACCCUCAUGAAAGUGCUGCGCCGUGCGCUGCAGCAGCUCGGCACGAAGGUGCCGCUCUACGUCGUGAACCCCAAGGCUUUACCGCGUGAACAGCUGCUCGGCCACAUGGACCCUGACACUCGCGAGUGGUUCGACGGCGUCCUCACGGACGCGGCGAGGAAGGUGGUGAAGGAGGAGGCGUCGGCGCGGUCGUGGAUCGUUUGCGACGGCGACAUCGAUCCGGCGUGGGUGGAGUCGCUGAACUCGGUGCUGGACGAUAACAAGCUGCUGACAAUGCCGAACGGCGUGCGAGUACAGUUUGGUGACAACGUGAACUUCCUCUUCGAGACGCACAGCCUCGAGUUCGCUUCGCCGGCCACGGUGUCGCGCAUGGGCAUCAUCUACCUCUCCGAGGAGGACGUGGACCCGAAGAUGACGGUUGCCUCGUGGCUGGCAGAGCAACCGAAGGAGUCGCAGCAGCAGCUGCAGCAGUGGAUCGACGCCUACUUCUACAAGGCGAUCGACUUGCUGCUAUCCUCGGGGGAUCUUGUCGUGGGGACGACGCGGACGGGACUGGUGAUGUCCGGGCUCGUGCAGUUGAGGAACUGCACGACGAAGAAGCAGUUUGUGCUGGCGCUGCUCUACGGGCUGGGCUCCUACUUGCCAGAUGAGACGCGGUGCGCGUACGCGAAAGAUAUUCUCCUCCUCGCCGAGGAGCGGGCCCCAGAUGCGAAGAACCCGCUGGAUUUCCGUUACGACGAGGAGCGGCAGGACUACGUCUCACUGGAGUUCGUGCCGGCGGCGGUCCUCGCCAUCGACGACCUAUACCGCCAUCCGAUGGUGUCGACGGUGGAAUGCCAACGCGCGCUGGAGGUAAUGCGGGCGUGGACGAAGCCGACGAGUCCGGGGGUGUACCGCCCCUUUAUCUUGGUCGGCCCGGAGGGGUGUGGCAAGACGAUGCUGCUAAAUAACCUGUUUCUGAGCACGACCAGCACGCGCGUCGCGAGCAUCAACUGCUCGGCCCAGACGGAGGCAAUACACGUCAUUCAAAAGCUGAGGCAGGCGUGCUCCAUCUUCAACUCGAACCAAGGCAAGGUGCUCCGGCCCAAGGAGGCGGAACGGCUUAUUCUUCUCCUGAAGGACCUCAACCUGCCGAAGCCGGACCGCUACGGCACCGUCCAGCUGCACUCCUUUCUCCAGCAGCUUAUCCUCUACAACGGUUUCUACGACGCGGAACUCGAGUGGGUCACGGUCGAGCGGGUGCAAAUUGUGGGAAGCAUAGGCCCGCCCGGCAGCAUGGGCCGCCACCCCGUCGCCCCGCGCUUCCUAGCGAUCACGUCCGUCUUGAGCAUCUCGUACCCUUCCAAGGAGACGCUGCAGCAGGUAUACUCGGAGUUCAUCAAGGUCAUGCUCCAAAGUGAACGGUUGAAGCUGAACAUGCCGAACAAGGGGGCGGCCGACUUGGCCCGCUGUGUUACCACCAUCUACGAGACCGUUGCCGCGCGCUGCACGGUGGACGCGGCGUCGCACUACGUCUUCAACCCACGAGACAUCACCCUAUGGGUGUUGAACUUGCUGAACUACGACACCCCCAACAUCGCUGACGUCCUUGCAUACGAGGCGCGGCGCAUCUUUGUCGACCGCCUGGUGACUCUCGAGGAGCGUACGCGCCUGGCCAAGGUCAUCCGCGACAACGUGACGCUACUUGUCGGCCACCGUGACGCGCUGUCAGAGAAGGAGAGCAUCUACUACGUGUCAUGGCUGGACGCCACGCGCGCCGGCAAGAAGCGGCUGGCGGGUACUACGCUCGAGGAGGUGAAAACGUCCGCGGAAGCGUUCGCCCUCAACUACUCUCGCGAGAACGCCGGCCUCAACGUGCAGCUUAUCCCGGAAGUGUGCGCGUGGAUCGCCCGCGUUGACCGUGUGCUGUCGCAGGAGCGUGGCAACCUAAUGCUGGUGGCGCGCGCCGGUGUGUGCGCGUCGCAGAUCGUGCGUCUCGUCGCCUACAGCAACCGAACAGAGGUUGUCACGCUCGCCAUCACGCGCGAGUACGGCGUCAAGCAAUUCACCGCGGAGCUGAAGAGCGUCAUGACGAAGGCGGGGGUGGAGGGGCAGAGCGUUGUGCUGCUGCUCGAGGACUUCAACUUCUUCCACCCCUACUUCCUUGAGACGGUCAACUCGCUGCUCUCAUCAGGCGAGGUCGUCGGGCUCUUCACCCAGGAGGAGCAGGACGCGUUGCUGAACCCCCUCAAGGACGAGGCAGCGGGGGAGGGCAUGAGCGCCUACAACUUCUUUGUCGAUCGCAUUGCCCGCUAUCUGCACAUUGUCGUUGUCAUGGACCCAACAAACCGCAACUACGAGCUGCAGUGCCGCGCCAACCCCGCCCUCUUCACUCGCUGCAACGUGUACUGGCUGGGAACGUGGGACAGCAGCAGUCUCAAGGUGAUACCGCGCAUCAUGAUCGCUGACGUCUACAAGGCGCUCGACCAACGCGAGGACAAGAAAGAGUUCAGCCUGACGACGGAGCUCGUGCACCUGCACCGCUCCUUCGGUGAAAAGUUCGCUCCACAGCACUUCAAGGUGCUGUGCGAGACCUUCGAUCAUGUGUUUCAGGAAAAGAGCCGCCAGGUCGCGGACGGGCUAGCUCGACUGAAGAGCGGCGUCACAAAGCUCGACGAGGCGCAGGAGAACGUCGACAAGAUCGCGACGGAUGUGACUGAGAAGAAGCAGCUGCUGGAGGUGAAGCAGCAAGAGGCCGACGACGCGCUGAAGGAGAUCCAGAAACGAAUGGAGGAAGCUGGCAACCAGAAGCGCAGCAUCCACAAGAUCCAGAAGGAGCUCGACAAAGAGCAGUCAGGGAUUCGGGAGCGCAAGGUCGUCAUCGAGGGCCGGCUGAGCGGCAUUCAGCCGGUGCUGGACGCCGCCCUCUCGGCUGUCAGCUCCAUCCGCUCCGACCACUUGUCGGAGCUGCGGUCCAUGGCCAAGCCGCCGGCAGCGGUGCAGUGUGUCAUGCAAGGUGUCGUGCUGCUGAUUGAGGCGGGAAAGGGUGCCGAAGCGGCUACGUGGCCUGCCAUACGCAAGGUCCUGGCUGGCGACAUCAAGGGUCAGAUUCUCGACUUCGACAUCGACAACGUCGGCGCCGCCGCCCGGGGGCAGGUGGAGAAAUUCAUCGCCUCGAACGCCGAGUACUUCAAGCGCGAGACCAUUGCCCGCGCUUCCAAGGCUGCGGCACCGAUGGCAGAGUGGCUCAAGGCGGUGGUGGAGUACAGCAAGGUGCUGGACACGGUGGCGCCGAUGCGGGACGAGCUGAAGGAGUACGAGGCGAACCUGCAGAAGGGCCAAGAGGAGAUGACCAAGUACGAGGGCAAGCUGAGAAAGGUGGAGAAGAAGGUGGAGGAGCUCAAGGCCAAGUUCGGCGAGAAGACGGUUGAGGCGGAGAGGCUCAAGGACAAGCUGGAGCAGGCCGAACAACUGCUCGAGAACGCCAAGGAGCUGCUAUCAAAGCUAGGGGACGAGCACACGCGCUGGACGGCGCAGAUGAAGACGAUCAAGCAGGACUCGUACUUCUUGCCGAAGCGCUGCCUCCUCGCCGCCGGCGUUAUCACGUACCUCGGCGAGGACCCAGAAGACACGCGCCGCGCCACCUUGGCGGAGUGGAAGGAACGGGUGAAGCUGCCCGACUUCAACUUCUUCACGUUUCUGCGCGAUGAGAGCGUUCAGCUGCACUUUAAGGCCGAGGGCCUGCCGGGCGACGAGCUUUCCAUGGACAAUGCCGUCAUGAUUCACGAGCAGGUGAACACACCGCUCAUCAAGGACCCCUCCGGCCAGGCAGUGGGGUGGCUGCAGGCGAACCUGAAGAAGCAGAAGGCGGUGGUGGAUGUCUGCAGCAUCUCCGAGGACCGCCUCGUUUCCGCGCUCGAGCUGGCGCUGCGGUUUGGGAAGAAGUUUAUCGUGUCGGAUGUGGACGGGGUGGAGCCGUUUCUGUAUCCUAUUCUCCGCAAGGAGUUCCACAACGAAGGCACAAAACGCGUUAUUCAGAUUGGUGACCGCCGCACCGUCGACUACGCGGAUGGCUUCCAGCUGUACCUCGUCACGCGGAGCACGGACCUGCAUGUGCCGCCGGACAUCAUCAGCUACCUCACACCCAUCAGCUUCACCAUCACGCAGAGUGGGCUGGAGGGGCAGUUCCUCGGCAUCACGAUCCAGCACGAGCAGCCGCAGCUAGAGAAGGAGAAGCUCGACAUGCUCGAGAAGGAGGAGGGCCUCAAGAUGCAGCUGGCGGAGCUGGAGGAGCGGCUGCUGAAGAACCUUGCCAACUCGGAAGGGUCGCUGCUAGAGGACACGACGCUGAUCGAGUCGCUGAAUCAGAUCAAGUCGCAAGCGAGUGACAUCACCACGGCGUUAGAGCAGUCGAAAGUGGUGCAAGAGGACCUCGACAGGAAGCGGAACGUCUACCGCCCCUUCGCCACCACCGCCAGCUCCGUCUUCUUUCUGACAAAGAGCUUGCAGGAGCUCUCGCACAUGUAUCAGUUCUCCUUCCAGCUCUUUCUCGACCUCUUCCUGCGGGCGCUGAAGCGGCACAAGGACCUGCGCACCGACCCGGAGACAAAGAUCGCGGCGCUGCAGGAGACGUUCAUCCAAAUCACUGUGUCCGCCAUCGCGCAGUCGCUCUUCAAGGAGCAUCGCGUCGUGUACGGCAUUCACCUGUGCCGCAACAUUCACCACGCCGCGUGUGCCGCGGCCGAGUGGGACUUCUUCAUAGACAAGGCGAUUGUGCUGGAGGAGAAGCGGAAAGAGGUGCGUGUGCCGACCUUUGUGCUGCCGGACAGCGUGCAGACUUUCCGCACCUUUGCGGCGCUGUUCCCCGACCUGGUCUCGAAGGCGCGCUUUCAGGAGGCAGACGUGUGGCUGCAAUGGAUGCGUGCCGCCACCCCGGAGUCGGACUACCCCGGCUUUCUCAAGUCGCUCACGCACUUUCAGCGGCUACUGCUCAUGAAGACGCUUCGCGGCGACCGCCUCAUUGCCGCCAUGAACGCGGUGGCGUGUACGCUGCUGAAGGUGGACUCCAUCGGCGAGAAUGGCACCCUUGUCUCCGCCGUCGAGCAGUCCGACGCGAACCGCCCUGUCCUGGUGAUCACCUCCGCUGGUGCAGACCCCUCACAGGAGUUGCAGGCCAUCGCCCAUGAAACGAUGGGUCGAACGCGGUUUCACCAGCUCGCCAUGGGCAGCGGACAGACAGACGAGGCAAUGCGGCUGCUGCGCGAGUCUGCCGUGAAGGGGGAUUGGCUCUUCUUAAAGAACCUGCACCUCGUCAUUCCGUGGGUGUCGCAGCUGCAGAAGGAGCUGAUGGUGCUCAAGCCAGACGCAUCGUUCCGGCUCUUCCUCACAAGCGAGGCGCACGACGAGUUCCCGUCGAUCCUGCUGGGCCAGUCUCUGAAGAUCACCUUCGAGCCACCGCCAGGGAUCAAGCAAAACCUGCUGCGCACCUACAGCAGCUGGGACGCCGCCUUUGUGAACGAGAAGGACGAAAAACAGCGUCAGCUCCUCUUCGCGGCGGCGGCGCUGCAGGCGAUUGUGCAGGAGCGUCGCUCCUACGUACCGCAGGGCUGGACGAAGGACUACGAAGUCACAGCGGCAGACCUCAAGGCGUCCGUCGACAUUGUACUCCAUCAGUCGGCGCGCGGCGACGCUGACUGGUACGCCAUCCGCGGCAUCCUCAACGAUGCCAUCUAUGGCGGCAAGAUGGAGACGGCCUUCGACAAGCGCAUCAUGGCAACCUACGUUGACAAGAUGUUCCGCGUCAACUGCAUGGCCGGCACGAAGCAGCAGGAACCGCUGUUCCACCACACGCGCAUUCCAAGCGGCGACUAUGACGAGUUCAUGAAAGUCAUCAAGAAACUGCCGGACAGCGAUAUCCCCGUACUGUUCUCGCUGCCGCCCAACGCCGACCGGGUGGUGCAACUGUCGCGAGUGCGUGCGCUCACCGGCGACCUGCAGCGAAUCAGCGAGUCCUACAGUGAGGCGGCGUUGGAUCGCGAAGCUUGGGCCGCGCGACUGACGCCAGUCCUCGACACCUGGGCCGCACUGACGGCCCGGCACGCCGACAUACUCGUGCCUCUGCCGCUCGCCCCGCCCAGCCCGUCGUCCCGUUCGACGGCCGCUGCUGCGCGAACGCCGCUGGAGCGCUUUCUCGAAGCCGAGCAUUUGACGGCGCUGCGGUUGGUGACUCAGGUCAACGUGGCGGUGAGCGAUCUUUGCAAGGUGAUCGACGGUGGCGCCCUGCUCACGGAGAACCGUCGCACGGAGGCUGCCGCGAUGAUCCUCGGUGACGUCCCGGCCAACUGGGAAGGUCACUUCCCCAGCGCGGCUCGCAUUUCCACCUGGAUGCAGGCGUUGGUCAGCAAGGCCGUCACCAUCGGCGAGUGGCAGAAGAUGAUGGCGAACGGCACCUUCACAAGUGCCACACUCGACCUCUCCAAAUUCAUGCGUGCAAAGACUUUCCUGAACGCGCUGCGGCAGGAGACGGCGCACGCCAUCCAGCAGCCGCUAGUGUCGCUGGUGCUGGUGGCGACCACGUCUACGCCCCCAGCCGGCGCGCCAUUAGUGACGGCCCUCGAGGGGCUCAUGCUGCAGGGUGCUGUGCUGGACGACGCAGAUCUAUUAGAGUCCAUCUCCACCGCUGAUGAGCCGGCGUUUUUUCCCAUCAAGAAGGUCUUUGCUGCGUGGAUGGAAUCGCCACCGAUCCUCAAGGCCUCGGUGCGAGUGCCUGUCUACGCGAACACCACAAAGGAGGACUACGUCUGCGACUUUGUGCUCCCGUGUGCAGACGAAGUAGCCGCGCAGAACUUUGUGCUCUCUGGAGUGUCCAUCGUGCUGGAGCAGUAG